AAUGGAUACGCCAUCAACAUGGAUAUUGGAUAAUCGUCUGUUAUUGUCAAAUGAUGUAUAAAUGAUAAACACACACACACAUAUACACAGUUGUACCUAGAAUAAUGCUCACAUCUCAUUAUAAUUGAUUUGUGUUUUUUUAUGAACGAGAAAAAAAUUGUACUCACCGAAAAAUUAUUGAUCAAAAAUUGAUUGAAUAAAAUUGAAUCGAUCCAGAAAAAAAUAAUUAUAAUAAUGGCUAUUAAUCUAGUACGACAGAUAUGGUCAAAAAAUCUGAUUAAAUCCUCAAAACCAAUUAUCAAUACAGCGGUGAAUCGAUUUUUCAGUGAUAUUCAUUCAACAAACGAAAUAUGUUUUGAAUUAACUGAUGAGCAAAUAAGUAUGAUUGAAAUGGUGGAAAAAUUUACCCGUGAAGAAAUCAUACCAAAUGCAGCUAAAUAUGAUAAAAGUGGUGAAUUUCCAUGGGAUAUAGUGAAAAAAGCUCAUAAAUUAGGUUUGAUGACAAAUGGAAUACCAAUGGAAUAUGGUGGUUUAGGUCAUUCAUUAUUAUCUCAUUGUAUUGUUGGUGAAAAAUUAGCAUAUGGAUGUACUGGUAUAGCAAGUGCUAUUGGAAAUAAUGCUCUACCACAAGCACCACUCAUAAUGUUUGGUAAUGAUGAACAGAAAAAAGAAUAUCUUGGCCGUUGUAUUGCCGAACCGAUUGUUUGUUCAUAUGCUGUUACAGAACCAGGUGCCGGUUCCGAUGUUGCUGGUAUUCAAACAAAAGCAGUUAAAAAUGCUGAUGGUGAUUGGAUAAUUGAUGGUCAAAAAAUGUGGAUCACAAAUUCUGGUCAUGCAAAUUGGUUUUUCGUACUUACUCGUACAAAUCCAGAUCCAAAAGCAAAAACAUCAGAAGCAUUCACAGGUUUUAUUGUUGAUGCUGAUACUCCCGGUUUAACAGUUGGUCGUAAAGAAUGGAAUAUGGGUCAACGAUGUUCCGAUACACGUGGUAUUACAUUUGAAAAUGUUGUUGUGCCCAAAAAGAAUGUCGUUGGUGGUGAAGGUAAAGGAUUUAUUGUAGCUAUGGGUGCAUUCGAUUUAACAAGACCACCGGUUGCAUGUAGUGCCGUUGGUUUGGCACAACGUGCAUUAGAUGAAGCAACACAAUAUUCAUUACAACGAAUAACAUUUGGUAUGCCAAUUGCUCGACAUCAGGCAAUUCAAUUCAAGUUAUCCGAUAUGGUAAUUGGCAUUAAUACGGCAAGAUUAGCUUAUAUGAGAGCUGCAUAUGAAUUUGAUCAUGGUCGUCGUAAUACAUAUUGGGCUUCUAUUGCCAAAUGUUUAGCCGGUGAUGUAGCAAAUAAAUGUGCAUCGGAUGCUGUACAAAUAUUCGGUGGUGCUGGUUAUAACAGUGAAUAUCCAGUGGAAAAAUUAAUGAGGGAUGCAAAAAUAUUUCAAAUAUAUGAAGGUACUGCUGAAAUACAACGAAUGAUAAUUGCUCGUGAACAUUUUCGUCAAACUAUGGAGGAAGGAUAAUAUAAUGAAUAAUAAUUUUAUUUUAUUAUUACCAUUCAAUAUAAUAAUAAUAAUAAUAAUUCUUUUUAAUGA